AUGACACCAGGAACUACAGAAGAAAAGGAGAAUACCGUGACAUUAUUUCUUCAAUAUAAAAAAGAAUUUGAACAAACACUCUCAGAUACUCAGAAUAGCAAAGGUAGUGGGGGUAAUCCUGGAAGGUAUUGUAGCCCUGAAAAUUUUAAUUUUAUUACUGAUACUGAUCAGACCUUUAUCUCUCCCUGUCAAGAUAUUGGUAGAUAUUUAAUUGAAAUAAAGCAAUAUUAUAAUUCUUAUGACCCGAAACGUUGUAAAUACUUGAAUUACCGGAUAAAUUCAGAUGAAAAAUAUACUAAGAAGCCUACUUGGCUUGAACAAUAUAUAGUUCUUUCGUCCAAAAUAAAUAAUAUAUGCAAGGACGAAAUAAAAACGAUUAAUUCUGAUAUUUUAAAAAACCUUAAACAACUAUAUAGUUAUUAUGAUGCUUUUCACAAAUAUGAUGGCACAAAUGGCAUAUCUAAUGGCGGUUACUGUAAUAAAAUUCAAGAAUGUUACAACUUUUAUACUGAACAUUAUGACAAAUGUCAAAAAAAUAGUAAUGACGCUUUUUGUGAGGAGUUAAUCAAUUUCAAGAAAGCAUAUGAUAAUAAAAUGAGCACUGUAAAUCCUUGUCCUAGAUUACCAUACAUUUUACCCCCUACAAACACAGAUUAUAUAUUUGUUGCUAGCAUAACUACAGCUAUCACGUUACUAGGAACAAUGACUUUAUUUUUGUUAUAUAAAUUUACUCCAUUGAAAUCAUGGUUACAUAGUCUUUCACAAAGGAAAAAAAUGAUUGAAGUUAAUGAAGAUCAAGAAGAAACAAGAGGAUCCUUAUACAAUGUGCAUGAGGAUAUAAAUAGAAAUUAUGAAGGAAGUUUUCAUAAUAUAGGUUAUCAUUCUCAGGGGUAUCCUUAA